CAAUUCUCUCAUGCACGUAUCAAGGGAAAGUUCAUAAGAAGCUACAACUCAAAAAAAAAAAAUGGAAGGAAACUUUCUACUUCUACUUGUGAUUCUCUCCUUCCAUGUCUACUUGACAACAUCUUCAGACCCCGACCCGAUCCAAGACUUCUGCAUACCGAAACCGAUCUCAUCUCAUCAUCAUCGCCACUUCUCCACUUCACCGCCAUGCAAGAACUCUUCCGAAGUAACCACCGAAGAUUUCAUAUUCUCCGGCUUAAAAUCCGCCGGAAAAUUCAGCCAGACCGGCUUCGCUACCAUACCCGUAAGCCCACUCAACUUCCCCGGCCUCAACACCUUAGGCAUGUCCUUUGUGCGUGCAGAUUUCAAGGUGGGAGCUAUCAAUCCACCGCAUUUUCACCCACGUGCCACUGAAAUAUCCCACGUGGUGAAAGGGCGUGUUUACUCGGGCUUCGUCGAUUCGGACAACCGGGUUUACGCCAGAGUCGUGGAGGAAGGAGAGAUUAUGGUGUUCCCAAAAGGGUUGGUCCAUUUUCAGAUGAACGUCGGAGAUUUUCCGGCCACGGUUUUUGCUAGCCUUAAUAGCCAAAGUCCCGGAGUUCAGAAGAUUCCGGCUGCAGUUUUCGGGUCAGGAAUCGAUGAAGAGUUAUUGGUGAAGGCCUUUGGGUUGAGUCCUAAGCAGAUUGGUACCAUGAAGAAAAGAUUCGAACCCGAGAAGGGCAAAUGAAAUUUCAUUUUUUUUAUAUGCGUAUUCAAACUAUAAUAUAUAUAUAUAUAUAUGGUGGUUAAUGAUCGUUGCUCUAUAUUAUAAUCCCUAGUAUUGUUUUUAUGAUCUUAUGGUGGUCUGUUUGGUUUCAUGUUCGAGUUUGUCCUGUUGUUUAUUGUGGAUUCAAUUAUAUAA